AUGGCACCACAGGCGGCCGACGACCACGUCGAUGUGCUCAUCGUUGGGGCUGGCCCAGCUGGGCUGAUGAUGGCCAACUGGAUGUCGAGAUGCGGCGUUCGAACCCGGAUCGUGGAGAAACGAGGUACCAAGAUCUUCAAUGGGCAAGCGGACGGCCUGCAAUGCCGCACUCUCGAAAUAUUCGACUCGUUCGGGUUCAGCCACCGCGCAUGGAUCGAAGCGAACCACAUGCUUGAAAUUUGUCUGUGGAAUCCUGAUUCAAAUGGCCUAAUCCAGCGCUCGGAUCGCAUCCCAGACACGAUUCCCAAUAUCUCGCGCUUUCAACAGGUGGUUCUGCAUCAAGGCCGCAUCGAGAGAUUCUUUCUCGACAGUAUCAAAGAAUGGAGUAUCAAAACGGAAUGCAACGGCCAGGGCUCGGAUGGAGAGAUCAAAGUCGAACGUGGGGUCAUGCCUAUUGAUUUCCAUGUGGACGAGUCGCUCGUAGAUGACGCCUCAGCGUAUCCUAUCACAGUCACAUUGAAGACUCUGACAGAAGAAGAGGCGACCCCGAAGCAGUCGGCAACCAGUGCAAACGGGCAGGGAAUACAAGAUGGCCUGUUUCGGAGCAACCUUGCCCCCGAUGACACGGAGGAGAUGAUGAGAGGAAAUCAGCUCGACCAAAAUGCCAAUCGGCAAGAAGUUGUCAAGGCAAAAUACAUGCUGGGUGCUGAUGGUGCACACAGCUGGGUGCGGAAUCAGCUUGGAUUCAAACUCGAAGGUGAUAGCACCGACUACAUCUGGGGUGUCCUCGACAUUGUACCCAUUACCGACUUUCCAGACAUCAGAAUGAGAUGUGCGAUCCAUUCUGCCAGUAACGGAAGUGUCAUGGUCAUACCUCGAGAGAACAAGCUGGUCAGACUGUACAUCCAGUUGACGACGACCAACGGCGACGGAAACGGCAAGAGGUUUGACAGGAGCCAGAUCAAUCCACAAGUCAUCUUGCAGAGUGCGCAAAGGAUCAUGGCUCCUUAUAAGAUUGACUACCGGUAUUGUGACUGGUGGACCGCCUAUCAGAUCGGACAGCGAGUUGGCAAUGAGUUCAGUUUGCAUGGAAGAGUAUUCCUCGCCGGGGAUGCAGUGCACACUCACAGCCCCAAAGCUGGCCAAGGUAUGAACGUCAGCAUGCAAGACUCGUUCAAUCUCGGGUGGAAGGUUGCCACAGUGGUCAAGGGGCUGGCCAAUCCAUCGAUACUCAAGACCUACCAGAGCGAACGACGACGUAUCGCUCAAGAUCUCAUUGCCUUUGACCGUCGCUUCUCGUCUUUGUUUUCGGGUCGACCGGCAAAGGAUGUCAUGGACGAAGAGGGCAUCAGCAUGGAGGUGUUCAAGGACGCCUUCGUCAAGGGGAACAUGUUUGCCAGCGGUAUUGCGGUGGACUAUGGUGCCAGUGUCAUUAUUGCCAAAGAAGGCGAUAGCAAGAAGCAGGGCGACGGCACCGAAGUCCUCGGCGACCAGCAACACAGGAUCUACAGCCGACAGGAACUUGCUACUGAGAUCCGUGUGGGCAUGCGAAUGCCCAGCUUCAAAGUUCUCAGCCAAGCCGAUGCCCGACCAUGGCACUUCCAGGAACUGCUUCGGAGCAAUGGUACCUGGAGAGUGGUCAUCUUUGCAGGCGACAUUAGAGACACCGCCCAGAAAAAACGAAUCGAUGCUUUGGGUACGCGGUUGGGCGCCGAUGGUUCAUUCUUGAAGCGAUUCACUCCGCCUGGAAAACGCUACGACUCUGUCAUCGAAGUCCUUACCGUCCAUGCUACACCGAGGCACGAAGCCACCAUUUUCGACUUCCCCGAGGUUUUCAGGCCGUGGGACAAAGAAGACGGCUGGGAUUACUGGAAGAUCCAUGUCGACGAUGAAAGCUACCAUGAGGGUCACGGCGAGGCCUACAAAAACUAUGGGGUUGACAAGGCCACGGGCUGUGCAGUCAUUUUGAGACCAGACCAAUAUGUUAGUUGGGUCGGUGACAUGGAUGACUACGAGAGUAUGGAUCGAUUCUUCGACGGGUUCAUGAUCGACCAGUACAAGGGGAAAACACAGGUAGCUCUGAGCAAUGGGCACUGA